GGGGAUUAGUGACAGUGGACAGAGAUCUUUGGCCGCGACGUCCGUGGGCUGCUGGCCUGGCGGAGCUGUGCGCGGAGGCCGUGGAAUUCGCCACACAGCUCUGCUUCCGGCCUGGGGUCAAAAAGCCGACGCGCUGCGUCUCCUUUAAUCGCCGUGGGCGGGGCGUGACGACGCGACCCGCGUUGCUAUUGGCGGCGGUUGGGGGCGCGGAAACUGAACGGGCAGCAACGGCCGACGCAGCUUUCUCCGGCGCCUUGGGCGCCCCCGGCCCGCCAUGGCUGCACCUUGCCCUGAGGACCCCUCGCUGGAGAGGCAUUUUAAGGGCCACCGAGAUGCAGUUACCUCUGUGGACUUCAGUCUCAACACAAAGCAGUUGGCCAGUGGCUCCAUGGACUCAUGCCUCAUGGUCUGGCACAUGAAGCCCCAGUCACGCGCCUACCGCUUUGCGGGUCACAAGGACGCUGUCACCUGUGUGAACUUCUCCCCUUCGGGACACCUGCUGGCCUCAGGCUCCCGAGACAAGACCGUCCGGAUCUGGAUACCCAAUGUCAAAGGCGAGUCUACCGUGUUUCGUGCCCACACGGCCACAGUGAGGAGUGUCCACUUCUGCAGCGACGGCCAGUCUUUCGUGACAGCCUCCGAUGACAAAACGGUGAAGGUGUGGUCAACUCAUCGCCAGAAAUUCAUGUUCUCCCUGAGCCAGCACAUCAACUGGGUCCGCUGUGCCAGGUUCUCCCCCGACGGGAGGCUCAUCGUGUCUGCCAGCGAUGACAAGACUGUCAAGCUAUGGGACAAGACGAGCCGGGAGUGUGUCCACUCCUACUGUGAGCACGGCAGCUUUGUCACUUCCGUGGACUUCCACCCCAGUGGCACAUGCAUCGCCGCCGCCGGCAUGGACAACACGGUGAAGGUGUGGGACGUGCGGACGCACCGGCUCUUACAGCACUAUCAGUUGCACAGCGCAGCGGUGAAUGCCCUCUCCUUCCACCCGUCUGGAAACUACCUGCUCACCGCCUCCAGCGACUCGACCCUGAAGAUUCUGGACCUCAUGGAGGGCCGGCUGCUCUACACACUCCAUGGGCAUCAGGGCCCAGCCACCACUGUUGCCUUUUCAAGAACGGGGGAGUAUUUUGCUUCUGGAGGUUCUGAUGAACAAGUAAUGGUCUGGAAGAGUAACUUUGAUGUUGUGGAUUAUGGAGAAGUCCUAAAAGUACACAGGCCCCCAGCCCCACUGGCCACGUCCUCUGGGAAUCUGCCAGAAGUGGAUUUCCCCAUCUCUCCAGGCAGAGGCAGGAGUCAGGAGUCAGUGCAGAACCAGCCCCAGGAGCCCACCAGUGUGCCUCAGACGCUGACCAGCACGCUGGAGCACAUCGUGAGCCAGCUGGACGUCCUCACCCAGACGGUCUCCAUCCUGGAGCAGCGGCUGACGCUGACGGAAGACAGGCUGAAGCAGUGCUUGGAGAACCAGCAGCUAAUCAUGCAGAGAACACCACCGUGAUCAGGGGAGCCAGGAUCAAGAGCUCGCUCGAUUUGCGGGGGGGGUGGGAUGGCAGGCCAGGGAUUUGUACUGGGGGACUUGGGUCAAUAAACGAAGGGGAUUCAGCUCCGUCCCCGAGCCCCCGAGGUUAGGCACUUCUGUCCCCUACCAACUCUCUGCCCCCGGAGGCUUGCCACCUGCCAGCGGAAGGCCCCUCUGGGCAAUGCCCGCACAGACACAGAGGACUGCAUUUGGUUUAAUGGGAAGGAGUCACUUGAAAAUGUUUGCUACCUCGGAGUCCUAAUGGGCCUGAAGAUCACAACACACCCUCCCCCCCAGAAGAGGUCGCCCCCAGGCCACCUUAUGGGGUUUUGUCGCCCUCUCUGCUGAAUGCCUGGCUCUUCGCACCCAUGACAGCUUAGGAGUGGACUGACUGCCCAUUGGAUGGGCCAGCCAGGAGUUUCCUCUAAAUAUGACAAAAGGCUCCAUGGGGGCCAUCUGAGUCAGGUUAGUCCAGGAACAAGCAUGCGGUGGGGCGGCGGUGGCUUCACUGUGGCCUGGAUUUCUGCCCCACACGUGUUCACUGGGGCCCAGUGGCUUCCUCCUCUGUACGCCUGUGGGUGAAGGAAUCUGAAAUUAAAAUGGACUUUAUUGAGCUUGUCAUAAAAGUG